AUGUCAAGUCUUGAAGAUAAAGUGAAGCAGCUAGAACUGUUGGUGGAGAAGCAAUCCAAGCUCAUAGCCUCGACGGGCCAGAAGUUGUUGGAACUACAAGUCGACCAUGUCAAAUCCAAAAUGGCUCAACUAGAUACGGCCAAGCCCGCUGCUUCGACGCAGCUUGACACAGACGACUAUGUGACAAACGAAGAUGUUGUCCAAUUGGUCACCGAGCUUCAGAGUCAGUUGGAUUUUCUUGAAGAUAGAACUUUGCGCCGGACUUAUAAUGCGUCACUUCGUGAGGAUACAGAAAAGAUUGCACCGCUUAGCAACAAGGAUGGAGACUUUCCCACUUUUUCAAUCCCUGAAACCUUUGGAGGAUUCAAGACGUUGAAAAGACAGCAGAUUUUGAAGAUGGGUGUCUUUUACGAGAUAAUCUUGCCGAACGAGAACGAAAUCACGGAGACUCUUGCCAACGGCAGCGCCAGCAAAAACGAUAUAAUUGACCUCGCUUCGAACAAGGACGUUUCCCAACUAGAAGCUCAGUUUGACGAGGACCAGACGAAUGAAGUGUAUGAUGAAUUGGCCCGGUACUUUGGUCUCAAGCAUCGUCGGCGAAGCGAUGGAUGGUAA